UCUCUGAUUAAAGCAGAGGCAGAGCUUGUAGGUUAGCUAGUUAGCUUAGCUAGAGAUAAGCGGAUAAACUGGCUCUGUUUAAAUUAGAAUAGUAGUAUUUAACAUCUCUGAGUUUAUUCACAGAUUCUGCGGUCUGAUCAUCAUUAUUAUUAUUAUUAUUAUUAUAUUUGUUCUGAAUGAUUUCGCCAUAAAUCUAUUCGAAAGCCUAGUGUUAUGUCGAUUUGUGUUAGGUUAACAGUGAGCUCUUCAGCACCCCUUAGCUAUAGUUACAGAUAGAUAAAGCUGCACGAAAAAACAGAAGUUAUGGGCAAAAUAACUUUAUACGAGAAUGGGCCCAGCAGAAGUAUAGGCAGGACAUUUGGAUGGCUUUAAUUUCUAGGUUAAAAAUGAGAUGGUAAGAUUUUUAUUUGUAUAAUUAUUAUUAUUUUGUAUCAUAAUUUACACUUUUGUAACAAAUCAAUCCAUACAAAUAAUAACAGCAGGCUCAUAUUAGUUAUAAUAAUCCACUCGGGUAAAACAGGUCGGUUAAAAAAGAGUUCUUAUUUAAAAAACAACAAAAAGACACUAUAAACAUUGAACAGUAAACUAGUGUUUUCAUCCAAUAUCUGAAAACAUCCAUAGUUCCUCAUUAAGCAGCCCUAACGACUAGGCUAUGAGUUCAAAAAGACCCCAGCCCACCCCAGCAGGAGUGAGGCCAUAUGUCUCAAAGAGGCAGAAGCUGUCCACACAGUCAGCAGACCUGAAUACAGAGGGUUCCUCCAGCUCCCAGCACACAACCCUGCAUCUGCUUUCAACAGUGUCAGAGAGGAUUCGGCCCCACCUAGGCAGAAAAGGAAGGACAGAGCUGCCGAAGUAUGUCCAGCAUCAGCUUCAGGCCCACCAGGGUCCAGUCAACACAGUGCAGUGGUGUCCAGUGCCUCAUCUCAGCCAUCUGCUGCUCUCUGCUUCUAUGGACAAAACUUUUAAGGUUUGGGAUGGUGCAGCCAGUGGACGCUGCCUUCAAACCUACUCUGGUCACAGUGGAGCUGUUCGAGAUGCAUGCUGGCUCCCAUGUGGACGCCGCAUUUUAUCUGGAUCUUUUGACAACACAGCUGCUGUGACAGAAGUGGAGACAGGUCAGGUGGUUGCCAAAAUGGAAAACCAGUUUAAGGUGACGUGCCUGGCCUUUCAGCCCUCAGAUCCCAGUGUCUUUCUGUGUGGAGGGUUCAGUGCUGAGGUCAAGGCAUGGGAUUCUCGAUCCUGUCAGGUGAUCAGAACAUACACGUCCAGGAUCCAGCAGACACUGGACAUCUUAUUUCUGGGUGAAGGGAGGGAAUUCAUGACCAGCACGGACAUGGUCAGUCAGGACUCUGCAGAUCGCACGCUUAUUGCCUGGGACUUCACCACUACUGCCAAAGUCUCCAAUCAGAUAUUCCAUGAGAGAUACACCUGCCCCAGUCUGGCGCUGCACCCACAGGAAGACUCCUUUGUUGCUCAGACCAAUGGAAACUACAUUGCACUCUUCUCAGCCCAGAGGCCUUACCGGAUGAACAAGAUGAAGAGAUUUGAAGGACACAAGGUGGAAGGUUAUGCAGCGCAGUGUGAGUUCUCUUCAGAUGGAGCGAUUCUGUCCUCAGGAAGCUCUACAGGCUCUGCACACUUCUACGACUUUCAGAGUGGACGAAGCGUGCUCAGGCUUCAUGCUCAUGAGCAGGCCUGCAUGUGUGUGUCUUUUCACCCUGUGUUAUCCUCGGUGGUUGCCACAUGUGACUGGGGAGGAGAGAUUAAAAUAUGGAACUGAACUCAGAGACUUUCAUACCUGCAGAGGACAAUUCUGUAUUUAUAUAAAGAAAUAAAGGACACUUUACAGUCAACACUCAA